AUGCACGUCCGACACGCAACCCUUGCCCUAAACUUCAUCAUAAUUGUUUCUGCGUUGGUGUGGCCGUCAAUAUUCGCGAUGACAUCACACAAACAUAUCCCCGUAGAGGUCCUGCUCCAAUGCGCGCAAUACUUCGACAUCCCCACACUCAAAAACUUCCGCCUCGCAUCACGCGCAACUGCCACCACUGGCGCGGAACAGUUGUUCCACAGCGUAAUUCUACGCUUGUGCUCAGUGAUUUACCCGACCAAAGUACCCAAUGAGAGUCCGAUGCACCUGAGUGCAGUUCUCGAGAGCCACAAGCUGAAACACCUUGUCAAACAGGUCAUCGUGGAUGCAAGACACGGCGUACAUUACGAAGAAAGACAGGAAGAUCCUACAGAUGGAGAUAUUUGGAAUGGUUACACCAAUGAUUUCUUGCCCACUCCUUGGGCUGAGGCACUCUGCAACAUGUAUCGUUUUCCUUCUUUGAAAGAAGUGGAUUUUGCGUUUAAUGAACAUUGUGGUAUACACAUGGACGAUGAAUUCCAGCAGGACGUAGUGUAUCGUGGACACUAUCAGAGAUUACUUUUCGCAACUUUGAGCAAAGCCGCGGGCUGUGAUAGUCUGAGCAUACGGAACAUGCAGGAUGCCUUAAUCGCUAACGCAGAUGCAACGAAGGAAGUAGGUGCGGUCAAAGAGAGACUCAAGAAGCUGGGUAUUUGGCCAUUCUGUGACCUCCGCGGUAUACACUUUCCCCACCUUAACUCUCUAGCCUUGGGUCACUGGACUAUCGCACACGACUGGCAAAUCGAGUGGAUCACCAGCCAUGGACAAACCCUCCAGUCACUAACUCUCGAUGACUGCCCCAUCGUCUACGCUCUAAACAUAGACGCCAAGAUCGCAGCAGCCAAUUGGCCGCACGAGUUUAACUCAGAUAGCGACAUAGUAACCCACAAUAUCAGGAAGUAUUACACCACUCGCUGGAGCGACGUUCUACCACGUCUUCAGACUCACCUGCUGCACCUCAAGAACUUCGGCAUGGCACCUCGACCCUUCAAGGACGAGGAGCGAUCGCACAAGCUGAUUUUCGAAACGAGAUACCACCUCCCCUCCCGCAUCGAGCCAGCCAGAUACAUGAAUUUCGAAUAUUGGUUCAAGCCAUCUACGCCAUGGUUUCAACACAAAGCCCAAGGUUGGACCUUCCGGAUUCAGAAUGAGCACGGAAUUAUGAUUGAUACGAACGAGCCAGACGAAGGAGACGAUAGGAGAGACGAAGAGGCACUUGAUCGGUUUCUGCGUGCCAUCGGUACAUCUGAUGCUGAGAUUGCAAGGAUGAAAGUGCUGGACUGGCAGCCAGGAGUAGGGUGGUGCAUGCCAUCAAUGAAGCAUACUGACAGACCGAAAGAGCAACAGUAG